AAACACACAAACACCAUUCUUUUCCACUUCAGUCUCUCUCCUGCAGUCUCCACUGUUUCCUUCACCUCCAACUCCAAUAAUGGCUCCUUCUUCUUCACCAGAAUCCCUCCUCAAGCUUCUAAUCCUCCUCUUCCUCACCUACAUUACCGUUCUGGCUCCGAAAAUCGAAGCUCAGGUUGAAGAUUCAAGCUUGACGCUAAUGGCGGAUGCCCUUGACUGGCAGCUCCCAAUGUAUCUGUACGGUGACUUCAAUGUCGGUGAGGAUGGAGAUAAUGAUGUGGGUUCCGACGGGGAAGAUGAAUUUGGUCGGAGAUCUUUGUUUUGGAAGAGAAUGCAUUACUACAUUUCGUAUGGGGCUCUGGCUGCUAACAGAAUCCCCUGCCGACCUCGCUCGGGAAGGUCCUACUACACCCCCAACUGUUUCAGGGCUCACGGUCCUGUCAAUCCUUACACCAGAGGAUGUUCUCAGAUCACUCGCUGCAGGAGAUGAGGUUAUGUAUGUCAAGUUAAUUUAGUAUAUAUAUAUAUAUGCGUGUUCAAUUGUUGAUGGAUAUCUAUGGGUUUGAUUAAUUGUGUUUAGGCUGUGUGGACCGUGGAAUAGAUUCUAAUGGGCUUUGGCCUGUAUUGGGGAAUUAAGUUUUUAUUUUUUCUCUUUUCUUUUCUUUUCUAUCCACUUUGGGACAUAAUUUUGAUGGUGUGUUGGUAAUGUUUUUAUGCUAUAGAAAUAUGUUGUAUUUGUGUGAUUCUAAGUAUGGUGAAUGAGUAUGGAUUUUGUGUUUUUUUAUUGGCAGUUCUUGUAAAGAUAUAUGCUUUAAUUGUGAUCAUAUAAUAUAAUUGGAAAGUUGGGUGGCCUAGUGUAUAUUUUGCUUGUGGUGUAGGCUUAGCCUGUUGGUAUCACCAACCUCCUCUACAUUGUCAAUGCCUAAUUAGAGUUUUAAAGAACAAAAGCGCAUCCUUUUA